AGCUUGGCGUACCAGUUUUGGCACCAUGAUUGGUGCCUCACAUAGUGUGGAUUAUACAUUCUGGAGUUAUGGUUCUGCAGCCAGCCAGGGCUUAAGAGAGUUGGCCGAACAUGGCUCCAGCUCAUCGCUUGAAAUGGAAAUAAAAAAUCAUACAGAGAGUGGCAGCAUUCGGACUAUCAUCAAAGCUCCUGGUAUCAAAUACCGAUCCAAUUUCCAAGGCAAGACAUUAGCUACGGUGCGUGUUGGACCCAAACAUCAUAUGAUAUCGUUAGUUUCGAAAAUAAAUCCCUCACCCGAUUGGAUAUUGGGUGUGGCUUCUAUGGAGCUAUGCACGGAAAACUGUCGAUGGAUCGAAGGCAAAGUCCUUAAUUUAUAUCCCUGGGAUGUGGGAACAGAUUCGGGAGCGUCAUAUAUGUCUCCCGAUCAACCCCAAAUACCACCGGAUGUUGUGAGACGUAUAACCUCCUCAUUUCCCAGUGAUGAUCAUUCGCCAUUCUAUGACAAAACGGGUGCUCCCAUGAAACCUUUGGGAACUUUGCGUGUAACUAGAAAACGCACCUAUGGCCGAUGCUUUGAUGAAGAUUCCCAAAACGAGUUACCCCUAGAGUGUGACACUCAUCCCUGGACGGAGUGGAGUGAAUGCAAUGUAAAAUGUGGCCCCGGAACCCAAUAUCGCCUCAGAGAUUACAAAGAUCCCGAGGUGGCCAAGAAAAAGAAUUGCCAAGAACCUCUAAGGCAAAAUCAAGAAUGCAAUGGCCCUUGUUCUGAUACCGUUGCUGCUAUAGCUCCGCCUUUCGUACCGUCUUUCGUUCCGUCUUUGGGACCACAACCCACCACACGUUAUGGCGGUGCUGAAUGUGAGCUAAGCCAAUGGUCGGCAUUUUCUGAAUGUUCCAAUAGAUGUGGGGCAGGUGUUAAAACAAAGACCAGAAACUAUGUGAAUCCCUAUAACCGAGAGAAAUGUCAGAGCGCUGGUCUGCCCUAUGAACUGACCCACACCGAACCCUGUGAAGGCACCUACUGUGGUGGUAAUAUUCCAGGUUCCCCCUAUGGCAGAAGAACAAACGAUCGUAAUAUGUAUGGCGGUACGUCCUCUGACUAUGACGAGGACCAAAAUCGCUAUAAUCCCUCGGGCAAUGUUGGAACUGAGGAUGAAGACUAUGAUGGCCUUAUGGGAUCCAUUGAUGAGUCGGACAUGAGAUCCCAAAUAGCAAGACCCACAGCUGCUCGCUAUGACGAUUUCGGUAGAAACAUCUAUGAGAGUCCCACUCAUAUUUAUGGCAGUGAACGAUUGAGGGGAGGACCUCCCGGCGAUGGGAGCCAAUUUGUAGCAGGAGAUUUGGAAGCCAACUACAAUGAAAAUUCCGGCAAGCGUAAAAUGAAAAUUAAUCCGCAGAGUACACGCAAUCCAAAUAGAUAUACCACCAAACCCAGUCUGAGACAAAAUCCUACACCACGCAACUCUUUGCGAGGUUUCAGUCGCACUACUCCCAGAGGUUUCCCAGAGCCAUAUAAAUUUUCCCCAUUUGAAAACUCAAAUCCCUUUAACAUCAGAACCAUUGAAGAUGAUACCUUGAAUAUGGCUGGCGAAAAAAGUUUCUGCCUUGAAAGGCCUUCCCCCUCAUACGAACCUUGCACAAAACCGAGGGUCUUUCUUAAGAAUUAUUGGUUCUAUGAUGCCUUGGAUAUGCAAUGUAAACUUUUUACCUCGGAUAAUUGCGAUGAAAAUCGAAAUAAAUUCUUACGCCUAGAAGAAUGCGAGGAGCAGUGUGAAGGAGUAAAUCAGCAGGGGGGAGCAGAUUUCAACAAUCCCGAAGGAUUUAAUGAUGGCGUAAGACCUGACCUUGCCAAUGCAGGAGCCUACGGCAAUAGGGGAAGUUAUGAUGCUGGAGGGAGCUUGACAAGCCAAAAGCGUUUUGGAAAACAAAACAAUAGAAACUGUGAACACACAAAACGCUUAGAAAAACUUCAACACUCAAUCACCACUAUCGCCAUGCAAAAGUGGACGAUAUUUUUCUUGUGGAUUGCCUUAGGGGCUGUACCAGGAAAUGUCUUGUCGUUACAAUGCAGCCGAUAUCCAAAGAAUACCUUGACACCCAAGGCACCGGUGGACGAUAAUUUUGCCAUAGCGAUAACGGGCAAUGCCCAGACCUAUCUUUUGGGUCAAACCUAUAAUGUUUCUUUGCAAGCUUACAAUGGCCGGCGUUUCAUAAGUGCCAAAUUGGCACUGGAGAACGAUAACGGCGACUUCGUUGGCGAUUUGGGCCAUCUAGAGGUUAGCGACCCCGUGGAGAGUCGUUUCAGCACCGACUGCAGCAACAUGAUCGAGACAACAAACACAAAUCCCAAGACUCGCUUAGAUAUGGCCUGGACUGCACCAACCGAUAUGGAAUUCGGCUGCGUUCUCAUACGGGCCACUGUCGUGCAACAUCGUGAUGUUUGGUUUAUGGACGAUGGAUCGCUAACGAAGCGUAUUUGCAAAGAGUCAGUGGACGAUUUGGAGAGCCAGAAAAGAGAUGAGGAGAGCAAGGAAUGUUGUGCCUGUGAUGAGGCACGCUAUGAGAUUACUUUUGAGGGAGUCUGGUCACGCAAUCUGCAUCCCAAAGAUUUUCCCGCCAAGGGAUGGCUUACCAGAUUCAGUGACAUUUUGGGUGCUGCACACACCUCGGAUUAUCGAUUUUGGGAUGCUGGUGAAUUGGCCUCUACGGCUAUGCAGGAAUUUGCUCAGCAUGGUUCAUCGCGAGCUCUCGAACACGAAUUUAAUACAAAUUUCAGGGAGAAAAAAGUUCGCACCAUAUUAAAAGCCAGAGGACCUUCAUUUCCCUAUCUCAAUAAUCCCACAUUGGCUUGGAUACGGGUGGAUCCUCUGCGUCAUCAAUUGUCACUGGCCUCUAAGAUAAUGCCUUCGCCAGAUUGGAUAGUAGGAGUGGCCGGCUUGGAAUUGUGUCUAUCAAAUUGUACAUGGCUAGAAGAGAAGGAAAUCAAACUGUAUCCCUGGGAUAUAGGCACUGAUGCGGGACCUUCAUACACGUCUCCAGAUCAACCGCAAUUGCCUCCCGACGUCAUACGCCGCAUGCGUUCGGAUUAUCCAUCGGAUCCCAGAUCUCCAUUCUAUGACCCUACGGGAGCACCUAUGAAGCCCAUGGCCAUACUCACUAUAAAACGUCAACGUUUAUACGAAAGGAAAUGCACUGAUGAAGAUUCCAACAAUGGAGAUGAGGUUCCCCGCGAAUGUCAUACUCACCCAUGGUCAGCUUGGACUGAAUGUUCAGCCGAAUGUGGAGCAGGGGUGAGGUCGCGUUUUAGAGUCUUCAAGCAACCCGAAGUAGCUGAAAUAUACAAUUGCGAUGAUGUUGUUGAAAGGCGGCAGGUGGAGACCUGCACAGGACCAUGUUCCAGAUCCGAAAAUGCACCCUACACAGCAGAUGAAGAAGAGGGGGAAGAGCAGGAUAGUUUGUUGAAAUCUUUGAGGCCCAUGAUGAAACGUGGCAGAGCAAUGGGCGAUUGCACGGGUCAAUGGUCAGCUUGGUCGUCAUGUAAUGCCACAUGUGGAGCUGGAUUUCGCACCAGAAAACUCAUAUUGGAUGAAAGGGUACAAAGGGGUUGUCAGGAUGAGGAUAUGUAUGAAUACAAGAAAUGUUUUGUAUCCAACAUUUCAUGCCGCAGAUCAAAUGGACCUCAACUGAUUAGUGAUUUUGGAAACAAUGACGAGGACAAUGAUGAAAAUGCCGAAGACAACGAAGGCGAAGAGGAUAAUGCCCAAGGCAAUGGUGAAUUUGCCAACUUUCCCACUUUUGAAGAUUCAGAUGUAAAUGAACGCGAACCUCAAUAUGGCCGCAAUCCAUAUGGGCGACCUAACAAUCCCUACGAAGAUGAAUUCAACUUUAACGGCGUGGGUGACAUUCAAGCCGAAAAUCUAAGACAAGAACAGCCUUAUGAUGAUUAUUUUGCUCCCUAUCAAAAUCGCUACAAUGCCAGAAAUUUCCACAGCCCAAGGGGACGUGGCACUCAAGAGGUUCUACAACGACAGCCCAAGAAUGCCAAUCCCAAAAUGUAUCAACGCUAUAUCGACUUUGAUAACCAUGCUGCUACUACAAAUAUACCCACACAUUGUUACCAGCCCUUGUCGAUGGUCCAGUGCUCCGAUAAACGCACUGUGGGCAAUUUUUGGUUCUACAACUUUUGCACGGAUGAAUGUAUGCUCUAUGCCUCCGAUAUAUGUGAUCCCAAUACUAACAAGUAUCCCUCUAUGGAGAAGUGUGAACAACAAUGUGCCAGACCUAUGAGGAAUUUCCCCCACUUCUUGAGACGCAAACAACAAAACUCGCCGCAUUGCCAGGCCAUAUUUCGCAAUCGCGGAUUUAGGGAUUAUUAUGUUUAGUUAAAGGAUUUUCUUUGUUUUCAACAAACCUAUAGAAACUUAUAUAUCCUCAGGCACUGCAAAAGAUUUUCCAAUCAAUUAUUUGCUAAUUACUUAAGAUUAUUAUUUAAUAAAAAUACAAAACAUUUUUAACAUA